UUUUUAACAAAUAAAAUUAUAUUGAUGAAUUCCUCUUCACUUUAGAACAUUAAUGGGUUAGAUAGAUAAUAGAUGUCCAAUAAUAAAGAGUUAUAGAAUCAAUAUGAACAUGGAGGUAUUUUAAAUUAUAAUUCCUAGAAAGAGUAUUACUAUCCUCAAAUAUUAUCAAAGUGAACCAAAAUAAUAAGAAACAGGAAAGAAUAUUUCUAUUAACUAAUAGAUUUGUAUAUAAUAUUAAAUCAGAUAGUAAAAUAUUAUAAUUUUUCGGUAACAACAUUUUACUAAUAUUUGAGGCAAAUCAAUCAAAAUUUAAAGAAAGAUCCGUCUAACAUUAAUUUCAGCAAUUAGUGUUAGUAAUAUAGGGACAGAAUUUGUAUUACACGUUCCAUAAGAAUAUGAUUAUAGAUUCUAAUCUAGUGAUUUGUAAAUAAUUUAUUAUUUAAAUAGUCGUAAAACUAUUCUAGAAACACUAAUAAUAGCCUAUGGUUCAUUAACUAAUAAAAAAAUGCCAUUUUUCUUUAAGGAUGAUUUUACUUUAAUUUAAUUUUGCACUACUGAAAAUGAUGUUAAAAAAGGAAUUAGAAGAUAUCCUUUCGAAAAACCAAUUGUAAUAAAUUUAGAUAUUAUAGGAACUCGAUGUUAUUGAAUUUUAAGAUUAUUAAAAAAAUAAACCAUUACCAUAGCAAUUGAUUUAUAAACGAAUUGGAUUGUAAAAAUAAAUUAGUACUACACUCAUCUCAAUUGAGUAGUUUGAUUUAAUCAAAGUACUUGGAAGAGGAGCAUUUGGAAAAGUAUAUUUUAAUUAAAUCUAAGGUUAUGAUGUGCGAAAAAAAAGAUACAAAAGAACUCUUUGCUAUUAAAUCAUUAAGAAAAGAACAUAUUUUAGAUAAAAAUUAAGUUGAACAUACAAAGGCAGAAAGAAAAUUAUUAGAAGAAAUUGAUCAUCCAUUUUUAAUAUCAUUAGAAUAUGCUUUUUAAACAUAAGAAAAACUAUUUUUUGUUAUGAAAUUUAUGAGGUAUUAUUAAAAUUUAUUGAUAGAGGAGGUGAACUAUUUAAACACUUAAGAGACAAAAAAAGAUUUCCAGAAGCUACUACAUAAUUUUAUGCUGCUUCUAUUCUACUUGCUAUAGAACAUUUGCACUCAAUAUCAGUUGUUUAUAGAGAUCUUAAACCUGAAAAUAUUUUGAUGGAUGAAUUUGGAUAUGUUAAGAUGACCGAUUAUGGGCUAGCUAAAUUUUUAAAAUAAGGUGAUAAAACUUAUUCUUUUGUUGGAACACCAGAAUAUUUGGCUCCAGAAAUUAUCAGAUAGAAUGGACAUAGUUUUGAAGUAGAUUGGUGGUCAUUUGGAAUCUUGAUGUACAUUAAUAAAUUGAUUAAUAAGAUAUGAGAUGUUAGUUGGAAGACCUCCAUUUUUUUCUUAAAGUUAAUCCUUACUAUUUAGAGCUAUUAUCGAAUCAGAUAUAGUAUUUCCUUAAUAAUUAUGUUUAAGUAAUCAAGUUAAAGAUUUAAUUACUAAAGUAUAUAUCUAAUUAUUAUAUUAAUAAGCUUUUAGUAAAAAAUCCAUUUGAAAGAUUGGGACAUAAUGGAGGUGGAGCAGCUAUAAAACUUCAUCCUUGGUUUAAAGAUUUUCAAUUUUAAGAUUUAUUAGAAAAAAAAAUUUAGCCCCCAAUUAUUCCAAAAUUGUAUGAUAAAUUAGAUGUUUAAAAUUUUGAUUUAGAAUUUACAAGAGAAGGUUUAAAUUAAUUUAAUUUUUAAAUUAGAAGCUAUGAAUUCAGUAGUAAAUAUGGAUCCAAAAUUAGCAGAAAAAUUUAAAGAAGAUUUUGGAGGAGUAACAUAUGUUCCAAAUAAUGGUUUAAGUUGA